UCCUGGACUUCCAUCGCGUUAACGCCUUCAGCUGUCACGACUGUCUUCCGGCGUUUACCACGAAACAAGGCCUGCGCUUGCACUAACAACUGAAGGGACACUCCGCGAAAGAAGGCAUAGUGUAAUGUCGCAGCUACAAAUGCUGGAUGAAGCAGUCCCAACUUGACGGGCAUUUCCGGGGUUUUCAUGGGAUCAAGGCCGUCGAAUAUGUCGAGCGUUACAAAUUCAAAGGGGAUAGUACGUCUUAUGUACCUUCUCCAAUCGGACACCGCGCUACCGCAGCGUCCCACCUCGAUGGUUGUCGUCUGGCGGAGCAGCUGGAACCCCGAAUCCGGUCAUGCGAAAAAACUCAAGACCCCAGACGGACUCAUAAAGAAAUCGAAGAGAUCCGUCAAGCAACUUGCCCGCGCGAUGCAUUGGAAAGGGCGUGUUCACACGUCUGGCAUUUUUAUGACCAACGUGUGCUUCAACCUGUUCCCGGCCCCUACAUUCGCCAACACCCAAGCCGUCGCCCGACGACUCGGCUACAGAAGCAACUCGCACGCCGUGUCUACCGCUGUCGAAUGGACGCGGAAGUUGAAGGCGAUGAUCACCACCACCGAGGGGGUGCAGGGCGUCUUGUCCAACUGGGACAGUAUAGGCACCAACUAGGAGCUGUGUGUAGAGUUUGCACGUGAGAUGAGAGACUUCAUGCUGUACCUCCACUCGAAUCAGUGCUCGUAUCAAGUGGACAGAGAUGGCCAUAGGCUGGAUGGGCUACGACUUCUGCCGCGUUUUGACGUCGCAGGCAGCUUCUCACAGUCUCUUUCCAAAGCCGUUGCUCCGCGGACAUAUUGUGCUCGAUCGAAAUUAAGGGGGGUGACAAGUCUUACGGCCGUAAAAUGGAAGCAUCG